GCCAUGAAUAACUUAAAUGCAAAUUAUUCCCAAAAUAUCUCUGUCGUUCGUCCUGAAUACUUUUUCAUCAGUGGACUUUCAGGUAUACCAGGCAGCGGCUAUUACUAUAUGUUUCUGUUUUUCAUUUAUGUCGUCGCUGUAAUUGGAAACUCUAUAGUCCUUCUUAUUAUAGCUUGCGAUCGGAAUCUGCACAGCCCAAAGUACAUCGGUGUGUUUAACUUGGCCUUGGCUGAUAUUGGUGAAACUAAUGCACUGAUUCCUAACAUGAUGAAGACCUUUCUUUUUGAGUCACAGUACAUCUCGUACAAUGCUUGUUUGGCUAACAUGUUUUUUGUUUACUUCUUUAAUACAAUACAGUGUGUCAGCCUUGUUGUCUUGGCAUUUGAUCGCUUUGUUGCUAUUUGCUUGCCUCUGAGAUAUCAUGCCAUUGUAAAUAACGCUGUCAUGUGUUCGGUUUUCUCAGUAAUGUGGAUGCUUAGCACGUUUCUGGUGGGCUUGACGGUAUCUUUGGUCACCCGUCUUUCAUUCUGCAAGUCCAGUGAGAUACAGAGUUAUUUUUGUGACCAUGGACCGGUGUAUAGAAUGGCGUGUAAUGACAACAGCGUGAAUUCGUUUCUGGCAAAAGUCCUCACAGCUGUCUAUUUCGCUGCUCCGCUGAUAAUAUUUUUGUCUUACCUUUGCAUCUUUUUCGCUUUAAGUAAAAUUACAACAUGGGAGGGGCGUAUAAAGGCCUUGAAGACCUGUGUUUCUCACCUGUUGCUAGUUGGAGUGUGUUUCUUUCCCAUAAUUGGCACAUACAUUGCUGCAAUAAUGCUUUCUUUGUCUCCCAAUGUGAGAAUCAUCAGCACAUCUCUGGCUUAUGCUGUUCCACCGAUGCUAAAUCCCAUGAUUUAUGUUUUAAACACAGCUGAAGUUAGAAACUUCAUUCGAACUGUGAUUAAAAAGAAGUCUUCAUCCAUUGUCCAGAGUAUUUCAGUCAAACAAUAA